CCGGUACAGACAUCUGAGUAAUAAACAGCUUAUUCGUCCUGCGAAGCGACCUAGAGAACCGAGCCGGAGAACCGAGGCGGAGACCCGGGGAGCUGAGCUGCAUGGCGGCGGCCGUCACUGCGGGAGGGCCAGCUCUCAUCAUGGAGAAUGGACCGAGCAUCACCACCAAGCUGGGGCUGCCGCCGCUCACCCCCAACCAGCAGGAGGCGCUACAGAAGGCGAAGAAGUAUGCGAUGGAGCAGAGCAUCAGGAGCGUCCUGGUCAAGCAGACGAUGGCUCAGCAGCAGCAGCAGCAGCAGCAUCAGCAUCAGCUCAGCAGCCUACAGAUGGCGUCACUGACGAUGGGUCUGGGAGACGCUCUGUCUCCUCUGCAGUCGGUGGCGGCUCAGCGGCAGAGAGCUCUGGCCAUCAUGUGCCGCGUCUACGUGGGCUCCAUCUACUACGAGCUGGGCGAGGACACCAUCAGGCAGGCCUUCGCCCCCUUCGGACCCAUCAAGAGCAUCGACAUGUCCUGGGACUCUGUGACCAUGAAGCACAAGGGUUUUGCCUUUGUGGAGUACGAAAUGCCCGAAGCCGCGCAGCUCGCUCUGGAGCAGAUGAACUCGGUCGUCCUCGGAGGAAGAAACAUCAAAGUCGGGAGGCCCAGUAACAUCGGCCAGGCGCAGCCCAUCAUCGACCAGCUGGCGGAGGAAGCCCGGGCCUUCAACAGGAUCUACGUGGCAUCGGUUCACCCCGAUCUGUCCGACGACGACAUCAAGAGCGUGUUCGAGGCCUUCGGGAGGAUCAAGUCCUGCAUGUUGGCCCGGGAGCCGACCACAGGGCGCCACAAAGGCUACGGCUUCAUCGAGUACGACAAGCCCCAGUCCUCUCAGGACGCCGUGACGUCCAUGAACCUGUUCGACCUCGGGGGUCAGUACCUGCGGGUGGGGAAGGCCGUCACGCCCCCCAUGCCCCUGCUCACGCCCACGACGCCCGGAGGACUUCCCGCCGCCGCCGCCGUGGCUGCCGCCGCCGCCACCGCAAAGAUCACGGCUCAGGAAGCGGUGGGGGCGUCGGUGCUGGGAGCUCUGGCCGGACCGGCGCUCCUGGCCCAGCAGCUGGGAGGACUCCCUCACGCCGUCAUGGCCGCCCAGGCGCCGGGUGUCAUCACAGGUGUGACCCCGGCUCGAGGCGGCAUGCCCCAGGUGGGCCUGGUGAACCCGGUGCUGGCCACGCCCCUGCAGGCGGCGCUGUCCUUCGGCUCCGAGGCGAGGAGGAAGGAGGAGGAGCAGCAGCGUCAGCGGGACGGGGCGGCCGAGGCGCUCGGCGAGCACGAGCACGUGAGCAUCAGCGGCAGCAGCGCCCGACACAUGGUGAUGAGGAAGCUGCUGCGCAAGCCGGAGUCCACCGUCAUGGUCCUGAGGAACAUGGUCGGCCCGGACGACAUCGACGACGACCUGGAGGGCGAGGUGACGGAGGAGUGCGGGAAGUUCGGCCGGGUGAAGCGGGUCAUCAUCUACCGGGAGCGGCAGGGCGAGGAGGUGGACGCCGACGUCAUCGUCAAGAUCUUCGUGGAGUUCUCGGAGGCGGCGGAGAUGAACCGGGCCAUCCAUGCACUGAACCAACGCUGGUUUGGCGGACGGAAGGUGUCGGCCGAGGUUUACGACCAGGCCCGGUUCAACGGCAGCGACCUGUCAGCGUGAACUCCCAGAGUCCCCUUCUCAAUGCCAUUUCAAGAUUUUCAAACUUUUAGUUUCCAGAGAAAUGUUUUCUCUUCUCCUUUCAGUGCAGGACUGACAGCAGUCCACAGUUUGUCCUGCUCUCAGCUGAACUCAGCUUGUUUGGAUCCAGUGGAGAUGGAAAUCAGCAGGCAGUAAAUGUUUCAGUGUGACGGUGGCUGGACACAAUGUACCUGCUGGUAUGGUGCAUUCAGGGACACGGACAACGUGAACGGUCCAGAAUAAUGUUCAGCAGAGACAUUUGGAUUUUAUGAACUGAUGUUCCUAAAAGCACCACCCUGCUCUGUGGCACUGGGUUCUGUUCUCCAGGUUACCGACGGCCUGCUGCAGAGCGUUCUGCACAGGUGUAAUUCAGAGUUUUGAGCGUUAAA